UAUACCUUAGCGCUGCUUCUACCACUGGUUCACUGUUAAUCUGGAGUAAUGAGGGCCAAUUAGAUACCCUCGCUCAAAGAAGUGUCGAAUCACAGAGACUCAGUUGAGACGACUCACAAGUCAGCAGCCAAUGAACAGGUGGCAUUUGCCCGAGUGUGUAGAGUGUAGUAGAGUCUAUCCUGGAGGUCACUGAAUCCGCGAAUUUUGCAGGUCUCUAGUUAUUAAGUUACGUUGUAUUGGUGGAAACAAGAGUGCAAACUGAAUGUUGUAGAGGAAAACAUAAUUUUAUGGCAAUUUGUCAUUUUGUGCACGUUCUUUUGAAAUUUGUUUUGAUAACAAUUUGUAUUGUAGUACAUCUGAUAUCUUGCCAGGUAGGCCGAUUAGACACAGCUAAACUAUUAGAUGGAAACAAAAAAAAAAGCAGAGAAAUUGGUUGAUGUUCACUAACAGGUCAUGUUCCUGGAGAAAGUGUCUGCUAAGCAGAAUUUUUUUAUAAUCGAGGCUCAUUCUCUCACUUCAUGUUGGUUAUUUCCUCUUCUUGUCAUCACUUUUAUUUAACUACUUCUUUAAAUUGUAGGUGGUGAAAUUUUGGAACAAAAAUGACAAGCAGUUUACAGGAAUAACACGUAUGUAAUGAUAUGGAAGGAAAAAAAAAUGAAAUUUCUGUGGAAUUCAAUGUCCCAAAACCACUCGCAGAAGUUGCAUUUAAUUUGUAUCCUUUUGUUUUUGUCCCGAAUAGUAGUCUUUAAAGUAACAUAUUUACCAUUUCUCAUUAACUAUGAAUUAUUUAUAUUUACAAACCUUCAGUCUGUGUUAAGUAAAUAAAAUUAAUUUGUUCAUUAGCCACAUAAAUAUAAUAUUUUAUCUAUGCUCAAAAUACAUUUUUUCCAUUGUUUAACCUCCAGAAAAUACUAUAGAACUUAAUACCUGACACUCUGCCUGUUUUACAUAUAAAAUUAUGGAAACCAUGGAUAUUAGUGGUUCCUUACGAGAGUUGUAUAAAACUUUGUUUAGUAAGGUGAAGGAAAUUACGUAAUGACUUACGACUUUGAGGAAUAUUAUUGUCAUUAUCAUGUUAAGAAAUUUGGGCAACCUACAGUUCACAGAGACAAGAGCUACACCCGAACAGUUCUGAAGUUCUCUAAAGUUCGCCGAUCGCUUGCGAAGAAACACCAUAUUGCAAGGAUUUAUAUAUUUUACGAUCAUAGAGUAUUUUAAAUAAUGCUAACCUAACUGAACCAACUUUUUUUUUAGUUACGAUAAUCUUAUCUAACAUAAUCUACCCUGGAAAAAAAUAAAGAACUAUUAUUUAUUUCACUGACCCAACCUAAUCUAACUGAAAUGUUUGGUCGUUGGUUGUGGCUUUCAUCACUAUGAACUAAGCUAUUUAAGGAAUUUUAACAAAAAAAAAAAAAAAGAAGCUUUCUGUAAUUGGUAGAGACCUGAAAUUUUCGCGAUCGCGAUAACGCGAAAAAUAACGCGAAUUUCAUUGAUAAUCGCGAAAUAAUACGAUUUCGUUUAGUUUUCUGUAUACACGCGAAAUUUUAAGAAAUGUACAGUAACAAACUUGGUUUCAUCUUGAGUUCGCCGGCAUCGCCAUUGUCAGAACUAAAACUAACCAACCUUAGCGGUAGCCUGCCACUGUUUACGUUUCGAAAAUCACAUAUUUUACAUGUAUGUAUGGAAGAACGAAAUAUAUUGCUGCUAAGAUGUGACCACAACACAAAAUAAACAUAAUGUACGCAACCACAACUUCACGUCAUACGUGAGCGAUACUGUUAGUGUUGAUGUAAUGGCUGGAAGGAGGCGGCAAGUUGUGAGCAAGCGGAACCAGCGUGGCCAACCCUUCAGCAAGAAAUGUCCGUAUGAAAAUGUCAUUUGGACCGUAUUUCCCGAUACAGGUCCGUACAUGAAUGUUUUUACGAUUAUAUUAAUAAAACUAUUGCACAAUAAUGACUUCGUGAUUUAAUUUUGCCAUGAAAUAGAAUUACGAAAUAAACUAAAUAAAAUAUUGUUCUUACACAACGCAGUUAUGGAAUAAACCUUGGGAAUAAACGAUUUGUGACGCCACAAAAGAUUGCAUGCUGGGAAGAAUCAGCUUUUUUUUUCACAAACAACCGGCACUCGGCAGUCGUGCGCACGUCUGCCGUAAGGAUCAAUGCUAUGUGUUUGUAACGCGAUUCCAGGUGAAGUAUAAGAUAAACACCGUUAUGUCCGUACAUUGCCACUUAUUUCGUUUAAUGUAUCGUAUUUUACUGCUGCAUGGGAACAUUAAAAUAAAAUAACUUGAGUUUGUGUAAAAAAUAUGCCGAAAAAUGCUGCAAGUGCGCGGCAACGUGCCGACGAUUUCAAAAGCGACGGGCUAUAUGCACCCGAUAUGGCGACGUUAAUGUGCAAAUUUUGCAUUUGAGAGAAAAGACACCGUGAUAAAGCACACUAAGAGCGAAAAAUACAUAACUAAAAGAAAAAAAUAUGAAGAUGGGUGUGCUGAUAAAAAAAUUCAGAGCUCUGUUGCAGAGUGCUUUGGUAGUGCUAAACGUAAAAAAGCAGACGUCGAACAUUUGGCACUGAGGACAACAGAGGCCUUCGCUAAAGCUAACAUACCUCUUCAAAAAUUGGAUGAUCCUAACAUAAGGGCAUGGCUAAAUGAAUUUGUGGCAGGUUCUGGAGACAUGCCUUGUGUCAAAACACUGAGGGAAAAGUAUGUUCCUAAACUUGCUGAAUACCACUUUUAAAAUGUGAUGGAAAUUGUUAAAGAUAAACUAAUUUUUAUCUAUUCGGAUGAGACUACAGACAGUCAAGGAAGAUGUGUUUUUGUGGUACUCUUUCUAGUGCUCCAAGAACCAGUAGGCAAACCUCAGGUAGUAGUAGCUUCAGUUAAUUUUCUUGCAAAAGCGGAUGCGACCACAUGUGCACAAGUUAUUUCAGAAUGUGUAAAUAAGUAUGAAAUUUCAUACAAGAACAUCAGAGGUUUGGUUACAGACUCAGCUCGCUACAUGACAAAGUGUGUCAACAGCUUGCAAGUUCUGUAUGGAGAUCACGUACUCCAUAUUCAGUGCUAGGCCCACAAAGUUGCCCUAGUAGGAAAUGUGUUGUCAUGUGAACUUGUUGAGGUAAACGAUGUCGUAGUGAAGGUAAAGUCUGCCUUUUUAAACACUCGCAACAGGAAACACCAAUAUUUGCAAGAAGAAACUGUGAAACCAGAUAAACUGUUUCCAAUGCCAGUCAAUACUCGUUGGAAUUCAUGGUUUUGUGCAGUGUUCUACCUGGCUGAAUAUUUUUUGGAAAUCAUUAACUUUUUCAGAAAUACGUAGUGACUUUCAGGAAACUAACAAUGCAGGAAUUAAGUAUCUGAUCAUGCUUUCAGACAAAGAUGUAUCCGUAAUUUUAGCACAGUGUAUUUUUGUACAGCAGCAUGCUUCUGAAAUAAUGGAUCUGCUAACGAAACUUGAAAGGUCUAUGUACCCUACAUCACAUACUCUGUAUGGGGAUCUGGAAAAUAUACAAAAAGGUUUGGACUGUGCAGCAAAGGGUAUAUUUUCCAGUACUUUCGAAAACAGUAGUGUCCUCAAAAAUUUGAACACCACUGACAUUGCACAUGUGAAGCACAACUGCCAAAAAGCCACAACACUGUGCAUGAACAAACUGCAGACACUCAUGAACAGUGAUCCUUGUGCACAUGUUUACAGGUCAUUGAACCAGCUUUUCAACCCUAAGAACAUUCUCCUUAACAAAACUGAAAACAUAGUUACACAACUAAAAUCCAUUGCUGAUCUGAAGAUGAUAGACAGUGUUGACCUUUUUAAAGGGUACCAGUCUCUAAAAGAUGCAGCAGAGUCACUGUGCAGAGCUGGUGAAGUUGUUGAUGUCGUGAAAAUUCUCACUACACUGACAACUGACUGUCAACAGUUUGCUGUGCUUAAAUCAAUAUGGAUGCCUACAAAUAAUGUUGAGAGUGAGAGGUUGUUGAGUCACUACAAUAUUGUUGUUUCAGAUAGACGGCAGAACUUAAAAGAAGAGAAUAUUGAAGUGUUUACAAUGCUCUCCUUUGACGGUUGAUUUUUUUUUUUUUAAAGAAUUUUAUGCAACAGUUAUGUUAAGCUAAUGUGCGUGUAAAAUUUUUACAAUGGAAUUUUUAACAUAUAGUUUUUAUUAGUGAAAUGAAAUUUUUUCUGUUGUAUCUUCAUAUGAUGAACAGUACUUUAAUUUCUUAUGUUAUGUACUGAACAAUGCAUUAAGCUAACAAGUGACUAAAAAAUUUCUUUAUGGAAGUUUCACAGUCAGUGCUGAGCAAUUUUUAUGUACAACAGGAAAUUUCAUGUUUUCAUUGUUAUGUACUUUUGGUUUAAGCAAAUGUAAAGAGUGUGUUUAAAUUAGGAUAAUUAUAAGCUAUGCCAAAGAAAAUGAAUUACGUAACAAAUAUUAAGGCUAUACAGUUACAACUAUUUAAUUUAAUUAUCCAGAUAAAAAAAUAACACCGCUUUUUGGCAAAAAUAAUACCGCUUUUGGCCAAAAAUAACACUGCCAGUUUCAGGUCUCUAGUAAUUAGUUUUUAACCAAAUUAUUCUUAACUUCCUUUAAAAAUGCUUAAUGGAAGCAGUGGUACAUAAAAAAUAAAAACACAUUUUUAUUUUUAAAAUCUUGUGUAGCUUCUAUUAAUUGUUUAAUGUUUAUAUAAUUAGCAGACAAAUUUUUGAGCAGUUUCCCACUGAAAUAACAAAAAAAAAAAAAAAAAAAAAGCUAUUAAAAACUGAAACAUACAUACAUCUGAUUGGUCUCCAGGUUAAAAUAAAAAUUUUUUAAUGCAAAUAAUAUAUGUAAUGUUUAUUCACCAAAUCAAAGAAAAUAAAUUACAAUUGUAAAAGAGAAUUUCAUGUUAAACCUUAGCACAUUUUGAAGUAAAACUGUGAAGCUAUCACAUAGAUAAUAAAAAAUACUACAAACAUGUGACUCAUAGCAGUGGCGUAGCGUGGGUGGGGCGGAGGGGGCGGCCCGCCCCGGACGGCAGCCCGCGGGGGCGGGUCGCCGGUGAAGCGGGUUGAGAUCUGAUCUAUGAUUCAUUCAUUACAUGUGUCAGACACACUAUAAUGUUCCAUUUUUAUCUAAAAUUUUGCGCACCAACUAUUUUUUAAUAUUUAUUUAAAAGAAAAACUGCGAAAUCACUGACAGAGCUCUUUAUAACGUUUGUUUGUUUACAUACGAACAGCAACAUCGCAUCACGCCGCGCCGCCCGGCGCGCGCGAGCCGAGUUGAGCGGCACUCCUUAUUAUGUUCAUUACUCAUACAAAAUCUUUUGUUUCACGCGUCGGCCCGUGUCGAUGCCUCUCUUUCGCACUCAUUGAAUUUAGUACUACGCAUUGUACUGUAAAGUUUGACCUUAACCCAGGGCAAACCAACAACUUCCGCAAACCGGGACACAGUAAAACUCCUAUAUUGCCCCGUACCGCGAGCGCAGGUAAACCCAAAAAAAUAUUAAAACCCAAACUAAUAGCACGCUUAAAAAAUACUAAUAAGUUUGCGAACAGUGAGAGGAGGCAGCAAGUUAAAAAGACGCAAAAUUUAUAUGACAACAUUUAAUAUAUAUAUAUAUAUAUAUAUAUAUAUAUAAUAAAAUCGUUUCAUCACAAAUCGGCGCAUCCAUCAUAAAAUACAUACCCUAUUACUACUUAUAAAAAAAUAGCUAUAUAAUAAUAAAAAGGCAUUAAAAAUAUAUAAGAACAUAUUAAUACAAAUACAAAUACAAAUAUAGAUACGCACCGGGCGUAUCACCGCUGUAAAUACCAAUUAACAUAGGCGAAAUCUAGCAAAAAAUUGACACACCUUAACAUGCAAAUAAAUAUACCAAAAAUUUAGCAAAUUACAAAUUAUGGGUUUACAAGCCCUUCUCAGUUAAGUCAUUUUCUAACGGUCGACGCCUUUUUUCUUCUAGGUCUGGCAGGGAUUGGGUGAAACACGCUGAACGUAAAAUCCCAGUUUCAGUUUUAUUAGUCCGUUAAUUUAAAUCCCAAAAAUCCACAAAUUAUAGUUUCGCACCAGGGGUCAAAGGGGUCAACGGGGCAGUGGCACGGCUGGCACUUACUUGCUUUUUGACGUCGUGAUGUCUGGUCACCAAAUACACAAGUUUGCUCACGAGUGUUUUUAAUGGCAAACCCUUGCCAUUAUACGUUACCGUAGCUGCAGGUAAUUGUACGGAUAUGACGAAUUCUUCGCCAUACCAUCUUGGAGUUUAUUUCGGCGCACAUAAUUCAUCCUUGGAAAAUCCUCGCGAUAUUCACACACGCCUCACCAACCACUCGCGUUCAUCGUACCAUACCAAAGCGUUCUAAAUUAUAUAAAUAAACCCCGUUCAUAUUCAAAAAGGAACACACGUAUACAGUUACUUCGAUGUGGAACCAUCACCAUGGCCAACCCGCAUUUUACUUCACGUGCGCGCCCGCCUGGGCCUACCAGGCGACUCCGCUCGCCCGUCUCACCUGACGUCACACAAUCAGCUGUUCUGCUCGCGCGCCGUCUAGCGCAGCGAUUACCAACAUAUUCGGUAUUGUCCUCGAACUUUCCAGACCAAUUUAAUAACUUAAAAUCUUAAACUUUAAAAUAAUAAGACUAAACAAGAAUUACAAAUUUCUUUUUUAAAACAACAUAUAACAAACUUAAAUCCAAAAUUUCUCGUAUUACCAGGGCAUCCGAAAGAUUAAUAAAAUACGUUAACCAUUUCUGCCAACAUAAACAUUAUCAAAGGUAGCAGCUGUAGCACACAUGCUACAGUACUGAUCUUUGUUUGUUUUAGUGCAUCGUGAAGUACCGUUACGCAAUCACGCUUUACUCGUAUGUUUGUUUCGCGAGGGUUUCGGAUACGGAACGAAAGUCAUUUUGAUUGUGUUUCGAUCUUUUAAAUACUGUUGAAUCUGCUAAAACUAAACAUUUAGAACUUUACCCAAUCUUUGAACUAGUUUUUGAAAAUGAAAAGAGUCAAAGAAAGCGGUGCGGAAUUCCGCAAAAAAAAAAAAAAAAGGCUAAGAAAGAAGCAGAUGCGAAGAAGUCUCAAGGUGCAUUACUGAAAUAUUUUAGUUCCAGUUCUGGUUCGAAAGCCACGUUAACGUCUUCGGUGGCAUCCUGCAGCAGCGGAAGUGAUUCCAGUGUACAAGAAGAAGACGUACCUGCCGUCGCAGUUGGAAGUAGUUCUGGUCCCACCACAGAGCAGGGUCAAGACCAAGUCGACUCAUCAAAAGUACCUCAAGCAUCUAGUCAUAAGCCUGCAGAAAAAGUGAAUGUUGCCAAAGAAGACAUAAUUGAAAUCGUGCCUUCUGCUCCUGCCGAAAUCAAAGAUGUGAAUCUCGACGAUGUAGGUUGCUGGCCUUCUCCUAUGACCGACGAAGUAAGAACGCUUCUAGUACGUCGCGGAUCUGACUCAGUACAGCACAUUGAUUCCAAAUUUGCCGAUGUUGUUCGCUCAGGGACUUCAACGAAAGGCGGUACCCGAAAACUAACCAAAGAGUGGUUCUACAAACCAUUAUAUAACGGUGAAAAGGUUCUCCGAACAUGGAUGGUGUACUCGCCUUUGAAGCAAUCCUUGUAUUGUUUUUCUUGCAAGCUGUUUGGCAAUUCCGGCUCUAACUUCGCAUCUGAAGAAGGAUUCAACAAAUGGUGGAAGCUAAAUCUUAGAAUAGGAGACCAUGAAAAUAGCCUGGGCCAUGAACAGAGCUUCUUGAAAUGGAAGGAGUUGGAAGUUCACCUGAACUGUAAAGCAACCAUCGAUCAGAAACAACAAGAAGUUUUCGAAAGUGAGGAGAAGAAGUGGAGGGAUGUACUGUACAGGUUGCUGAAUAUUAUCCAGUUCUUAGCCAAACAGAAUAUGGCCUUCAGAGGACAUCGAGAAGACAUUCGAGGAGAUGAUAGUGGCAAUCGCGGGAACUUUCUGGAGUUAGUGCACCUCCUAGCUAAAUACGACCCUCUUCUAAUGGAACACCUGACAAAGAUAAAGCUGGGAGCAAGAGUCUCAGUUUCGUAUCUAUCUCCAGAAACCCAGAAUGAAUUUAUAAACUUACUGGGACAGCAAGUUCGAUCCACCAUCAUCCGUCGUAUUCAAGAAGCUAAAUAUUAUUACGUAAUCUUCGACAGUACACCAGACAUCUCCCACAAUGACCAAAUGAGCCAAGUUCUGCGAUACAUACAUAUCGAAGGAGAAAAAGUCGCCGUGGUAGAAUCUUUCAUUGACUUCUUCGAACCAAAAGGAAAAAAUGCAGAAGAUCUCAGCAACGAUAUAAUCGCGAAGAUAACAUCAGACGGACUGGACAUACAGAAUCUGAGAGGACAGGCUUAUGACAAUGCUGACACAAUUUCAGGGAUCCACAAUGGAGUUCAAGCCCGGAUUAAAGCACUGAAUCCGAAAGCUAUAUUCGUUGCAUGCACAAACCACUCACUAAAAUUGGCUGGGGUACACGCUGCUUCUGAAUCAGUGGAUUCCGUGACAUUUUUUGGACCUCUGGAGAAGCUGUUUGCCUUCUUUUCCGCAUCAACUGUUCGAUGGAACGCUUUGGUUGCCGUCACAGGUCAAGCAGUAAAACGAGUCACUGAAACGCACUGGAGCGCUAGACAUGUAGCUGUCAAGAUGCUUAAAAAUAAGUUUGAGGUAGUUCUUGAGGUACUGGAACAAUUAACAGAUUCAUCUCAAACUUCCGAAACAAGAUCGGGAGCCAGUCUUCUCCUGACAGCCAUGCAGUAAUUUAACUUCCUAACUUUUCUUGGCUUUUGGGCUGCAGUGCUACCUGAAGUAAAUGACGCACAGAUUUACCUGCAGCAACGAGGACUAAGUGUGGAUAAGUGUGCUCAGAAACUCUGCGCUUUGAAAACCCUCUUAGUGGAAAGUAGAGAUCGUUUCGUGCAAGAAGCAAUUGACUUUGCUAAGACUCUCUGCGAAAAACUCGGAAUCGAACUCAAAACGAGAAGAAUUCGCAGGAAAAAACGCAUGCAUGGCGAUGAAUCUUCUGAAGAUGCAGCUUUGUCUCACAAACAGGAAAUCCGUCGAGAGAUUAUCGCAUCAUUCGACAAGAUCAUUCAAGAAAUGACGACUCGAUUCCAGCAAAUUCAAGAAAUAUCGGACAAGUCAGCCAGCGAAACUUUUGGACAGCAAGUUCAAGUGUGAUCUUUCCCAUGUAUUAGAAGACAUCGACAAGGACGAGUUUCAGAUGGAGCGGAAGCGUCUUCAGCAGUUUGUUGUUGUUGCCUGUUCUGAAUCAGAGGAAGAUAUAAGUGGUAAAGGACCACUGGAGCUCCUCCAGUUCAUUCAAAAACUGAAUCUCGGAAUUUCGGUUCCAAAUAUAGUCAUCUUGAUUCGUAUAUAUUUGACUUUGGCGAUUAGUGUUGCAAGUUGUGAGAGAAGUUUUUCGAAGUUGAAGCUAAUAAAAAAUUACCUCAGGUCUUCUAUGAGCUCCGUUAGACUAUCAAACUUGGCUAUAUUGUCGAUUGAACAAGAAUUGGCUGCUAAUAUUGAUUUUGACAAAGUUAUUUCUGACUUCGCUGCUCAUAAGGCCCGUAGAAUCCGCUUGUAAAACCGCUCAUCCUAUUUUAACUUCAAUAAAAGGUAUCUCAUUGCAUGUGAAAUUUAAUUUUAAUUAAGCACCUAUAGAAUGGGGGCGGCAAAAUGGGUCUCCCGCCCCAGGCGCCGAGAUGGCACGCUACGCCACUGACUCAUAGCCUUAUACCCUUUAUACUAAGUAGACCUUCUGCCAUAUUUUUGUUAAGAAUAUGUUUUUUAUGAUUAAUUUGAUCCUAAUUACAUUUCUAUACCAGAUUCCACCUAUGAGAUUAGUAAAAAAGGUUGAAAAUCAUAGAUUAUGAUAUUUUGGUUUUAAUAACAACUAAACAA